AUGGCACCACCUACUAUCGAGAUCCCGCAGCUGCCCAUUCCAGGAGAGGACAACUCGGCACACCCGGCGCAGCAAAUCCGGCUCGAGCAGGCAGCUGUGCCUCAGCAGAAGCGAGGCAUGGACCUAUACUUCGACAAAGUGGUCGACUUCGUCGGCGAGCACCCCGUUGUCGGCGGAAUCGGCGGGUUUGUCGCCCUAUACGCCGCAGCAGGGCUGUGGAGGGCCGUCAGCAUCCGCAUGAACGGCGGCAAGGAGGCGACGAAGUUCCUGAAGGGGGGCUUCGACCCCAAGAUGAACACGAAGGAGGCGCUGGCCAUCCUGAACCUGACCGAGAGCACGCUGACGAAGAAGAGGGUCAAGGACGUGCACCGGAAGAUCAUGCUCGCGAACCACCCGGACAAGGGCGGAUCGCCAUACCUUGCCACAAAGAUCAACGAGGCCAAGGACUUCUUGGAGAAGCGCGGAAUCCGCAAGUAA